UCGUGAAGAUCUUUAUGUACUGUGUUUAUGAAAAUAAGAGUUAUUGCGGUAUUAAAUUCCCUUAUAUAAGACUAUAGUCAUUUGGAGCAAUCCUCGUUUAGAGAUAAGCUACAGUUACAGGAGGCCAAGGAGAUGUCUUCAGACAAGGAAAGAGUGAAGGUAUUAGAUGGUGGGUUUGCAACUCAGCUCAGCACUCAUGUCUCUGCUCCCGUUGAUGGAAACCCUUUAUGGAGUUCAGCAUUUUUGAAAACAGACCCAGAAGCUGUUGUUAUGACACACUGUGACUUUCUCAGAGCUGGAGCACAGAUCAUAACUACAAACACAUACCAGGCAAGCAUUGGUGGUUUUAUGAGAUAUUUGGGGCUUACUGAGGAAGAAAGCAUUGACCUCAUAAAGAAGGCAGUUGAUUUGGCAAAGGAUGCAGUAGCCAUUUUUAUGGAAGAGCGUACUGAUCAAACAGGUAUAGUGAAGCCAUUAAUAGCUGCAUCUGUUGGUCCAUAUGGAGCAUCAUUACAUGAUGGUUCAGAAUACAGUGGAUCAUAUGUAGAGACAGUGAGCAAGAAACAGAUGAUGGACUGGCAUAGAUCACGAAUGCAAGUACUUGUUAAUGCUGGGGUUGAUUUUCUUGCCAUAGAAACAAUUCCUGCUCAAGAUGAAGCUGAAGCAUUGGCAGAUCUUUUGAAGGAAUUCCCUACACAGAAAGCAUGGAUUUCAUUUUCAUGCAAGGAUCAUCAUCAUGUUUCACAUGGAGAAAAGUUCAGGGAAGCAGUAGCAUCAUGCUUAAAGCAUAACCCACAGCAGAUUAUUGCUGUUGGUACAAACUGUGUCAAUCCAGCAUACGUCUCAUCCCUUCUCAAGGAUGCAGAUCAAAAAAUACCAUUUAUAGUUUACCCAAAUAGUGGAGAGAAAUAUGAUGCAAAGACAGGGUGGCAUUCUGGAGACAGCUGCAAACCCAUUGAAUCCUAUGUCCACGAAUGGCUUGACUUGGGUGUUCAGUAUAUAGGAGGCUGCUGCAGAACAUAUCCCGCAGAUAUUAGUAAAAUCCGUGAUACUGUUGAGUCAUGGACACGUGAUCAUGUUAGUGGUAAAAAUAAAAAAGAAUUAUAAAAAUUCACCUGUUCCAGAGACAGUAUGAUAAAACUCAUCUAUUUAAUGCUAUAUAUUAUUACUCUUGUUGUUAAUACCAAUAUUACAGUUAAAGAAGCAUUAAAUUUGCAAUAGCUUUUAUGAA